AUGGGACAAAACUUUUCAACCACGAGCAAUUCACACGAUCCAUCACGUCACAUGAGUGAACAAAGGAACGAUACCAACAAUGCUUCUUCUUCUACUGCUUCUUCGCCUCGACGCACAUUGAGUCGCAGUGCAUCGGCUCGACAAGUCAAUCGAUACAAUCCAUUGUCACGAUCCACUCGACCUAUACGCACCAGUAGCAGUCAAAGUCUACCGUUGAAUGCCUCGAGUCUGUUGAGUCCUAAUGAAGAAGACCCACCGCCACCAUCCGGUAUGGUUACGCGAUCAAGGGCAGCAGCAGCAGCAGCAGCAGCACUAGCAGCGGGUGGUCAACAACAACAACGACGACGACGAGAUGUUGAUAAUGUACCCUACUCGUUGCGUCGUUCAGUUCGAAUGUCCAGGAUGCGAGACGAACAGCAACAACAAGAGGAAUCAAGCAGCAGCAUGAUGGAUAUUGAUCAACCACAACAACAACCUGAUGCAUCUACUACCAACAAUGAUCCAGCACAUACCCUUUUAGCGCCUUCCAUGAUUGCAGAUGUCAUUACUCAAGCCGUACUAUCAGCAUUUCGAGAUCGACAUACGGGUGCUGGUGAAGGCAAUACAACUGAAACCACAACCACCAAUCCAGAUCCAAUGAUGACAACCACAGCAGCUGCCGCAGCAGCAGCUGCUUCUGCUACUACUACUACAACAACAACAACGGGAGAAGGAGGUGAACAAUCAUUGGGACCUGAACAACUAUCAUCACUUGCUUCAAUGCAUAUCCCAUCCAUGUUGAAUCAAACAUCCAAUGGUGGUUCUUCGUCAUCACCAAGCACUGGAGCAUCGACCGAUGAAUCUUUUUUCAGAUAUGUACGAUUGCCAGUCAUGUUAACCACUGUAUCCGCCAAUGGUGAAACUCAACAAUUGCGUGAAAUGACGAUGCCAAUGGUCAUUGUGGGAUAUCGUAUUCGAGGCACGGCUACCACUACUACAACGACACCCACACCCAACGAAGGUGGUGAUGAUGAAGGACAACAACAAGGAUUGCGACGUAGUCAACGAAUAGCAGCCCAACGUCAACAACAGCGACAACAACAAGAGGAAGAGGAGCAGCAAAGAAAUGCAUCGAGUCGAUGGAUGGUAUGGAUUUAUAGUGAUACGACUGGAGAAGGGGGUGGCACUUUGCCGGGAUUGAGCGAGUCGCCUACGUAUGAGGAAUUGCUAUCGUUGGUGGAGUCACUGGGUCCUGCCAGAUUCCCGAUCAGUAUUGAACAAAUCGAUGCAAGUGCUCCUACGCAACAAUACAAUGCUCAAGUGGCGGCAUCCAUGGUGGGUGAUACCGAAAAUUGUCACGUGUGCUUGGAAAAGUUUGUUGCCUUGGAUGUGGUGCGCGUCUUGAAAUGUCAGCAUGGUUUCCAUCAAACUUGUAUCGACAAGUGGCUCACAGAAGGUCAAAACCGAUGUCCCUUGUGCAGAGCUGUUCCUGUUGAACGUACACCAAACAAUACCACCUCCACCACUUCGACUACUACACCAUCCGCUGAAGCAUCAUCUCACUAA